AUGUAUGACGCGGACGAGGAUAUGCAAUAUGAUGAAGAUGAUGAUGAAAUCACCCCAGAUUUAUGGCAGGAGGCUUGCUGGAUUGUAAUUAGUUCCUAUUUUGAUGAGAAAGGUUUGGUGAGACAACAACUGGAUUCUUUUGAUGAGUUUAUUCAGAUGUCUGUUCAAAGAAUUGUGGAAGAUGCUCCACCUAUAGACCUACAAGCUGAAGCUCAGCAUGCUAGUGGAGAAGUUGAGGAACCGCCAAGAUAUUUGCUGAAGUUUGAACAGAUUUACCUGUCCAAGCCCACCCAUUGGGAAAGAGAUGGUGCUCCAUCACCAAUGAUGCCAAAUGAGGCCAGAUUAAGAAAUCUCACGUACUCUGCUCCACUUUAUGUUGACAUAACAAAAACAGUCAUUAAAGAAGGUGAAGAACAACUUCAGACACAGCAUCAGAAAACUUUUAUAGGAAAAAUUCCAAUUAUGUUGCGUUCAACUUACUGCCUAUUGAAUGGCUUAACUGAUCGUGAUCUUUGUGAGUUAAAUGAAUGUCCCUUGGAUCCUGGUGGCUACUUCAUUAUUAAUGGAUCAGAAAAGGUUCUGAUUGCUCAAGAGAAAAUGGCAACAAAUACAGUAUAUGUGUUUGCCAAAAAGGAUUCUAAAUAUGCCUACACAGGAGAGUGUAGAUCAUGUCUGGAGAAUUCUUCUCGACCCACCAGCACUAUCUGGGUUAGCAUGCUGGCGAGAGGAGGACAGGGUGCAAAAAAGAGUGCUAUUGGUCAACGUAUUGUGGCAACCCUACCGUAUAUCAAGCAAGAAGUUCCCAUCAUUAUUGUGUUUAGAGCGUUAGGUUUUGUGUCUGACAGAGAUAUUUUAGAGCAUAUUAUUUAUGAUUUUGAAGAUCCAGAGAUGAUGGAAAUGGUUAAACCAUCACUCGAUGAAGCUUUUGUCAUCCAAGAACAGAAUGUUGCACUAAAUUUCAUUGGUUCAAGAGGGGCAAAGCCUGGUGUUACCAAAGAGAAAAGAAUUAAAUAUGCCAAGGAAGUAUUACAGAAAGAAAUGCUCCCUCAUGUUGGUGUCAGUGAUUUUUGUGAGACAAAGAAAGCUUAUUUCUUGGGGUACAUGGUUCAUAGGUUGCUGCUAGCAGCUUUGGGUAGAAGAGAAUUAGAUGACAGAGAUCACUAUGGAAACAAAAGAUUGGACCUUGCUGGACCACUACUUGCAUUCUUAUUUAGAGGAAUGUUUAAGAAUUUGCUUAAAGAAGUACGGAUCUAUGCCCAGAAAUUCAUUGAUCGUGGAAAAGAUUUUAACUUGGAAUUGGCAAUUAAAACAAGGAUUAUAUCUGAUGGCCUAAAAUAUUCUUUGGCUACUGGAAACUGGGGUGAUCAAAAGAAAGCUCAUCAAGCCAGAGCUGGAGUAUCUCAGGUAUUAAAUCGCCUGACUUUUGCAUCUACUCUUUCUCACCUGCGUCGUUUAAAUUCUCCCAUCGGUAGAGAUGGCAAGCUAGCAAAACCCAGACAAUUGCAUAAUACAUUAUGGGGAAUGGUGUGUCCUGCUGAGACCCCAGAGGGUCAUGCUGUAGGACUUGUGAAGAAUUUAGCCCUGAUGGCUUAUAUUUCAGUUGGAUCUCAACCUUCUCCAAUUCUGGAAUUUUUAGAAGAAUGGAGUAUGGAAAAUUUAGAAGAAAUUUCUCCUGCAGCUAUUGCUGAUGCAACCAAGAUUUUUGUUAAUGGCUGUUGGGUUGGAAUACAUAAAGAUCCUGAACAACUUAUGAACACACUACGGAAGUUGCGGCGUCAGAUGGACAUCAUUGUGUCUGAAGUUUCUAUGAUCAGAGAUAUUCGAGAGAGGGAGAUUCGGAUCUAUACAGAUGCAGGCCGUAUUUGUAGACCACUUCUAAUUGUGGAAAAACAAAAGCUGCUUUUGAAGAAGAGACACAUUGAUCAAUUGAAAGAGAGAGAAUAUAACAAUUACAGUUGGCAGGAUCUUGUGGCCAGUGGGGUGGUAGAAUAUAUUGAUACUCUUGAAGAAGAAACAGUGAUGCUUGCAAUGACCCCAGAUGAUUUACAGGAGAAAGAAGUAGCUUAUUGUUCCACAUAUACACACUGUGAAAUUCAUCCAUCAAUGAUUCUUGGUGUCUGUGCCUCUAUUAUUCCUUUUCCUGAUCAUAACCAGUCCCCUAGAAACACAUACCAGUCUGCUAUGGGUAAGCAGGCUAUGGGGGUUUAUAUCACCAACUUUCAUGUUCGUAUGGAUACGUUGGCCCAUGUUCUGUAUUAUCCUCAAAAACCACUUGUGACUACACGGUCUAUGGAAUAUCUGCGAUUUAGAGAGCUGCCAGCAGGUAUCAACUCAAUUGUAGCCAUUGCAUCAUACACUGGAUAUAAUCAAGAAGACUCUGUUAUCAUGAAUCGUUCAGCUGUAGACCGAGGCUUUUUCAGGUCUGUUUUCUAUCGAUCAUACAAAGAACAGGAAUCUAAAAAAGGCUUUGAUCAAGAAGAAGUUUUUGAGAAACCUACACGUGAAACUUGCCAGGGUAUGAGACAUGCUAUUUAUGACAAGCUGGAUGAUGAUGGUUUGAUAGCUCCUGGAGUCCGUGUCUCAGGAGAUGACGUUAUUAUAGGCAAAACAGUCACCUUGCCUGAAAAUGAAGAUGAAUUGGAGGGCACUAACAGACGCUAUACAAAGAGAGACUGCAGCACUUUCCUCAGGACCAGUGAGACUGGCAUCGUGGAUCAGGUCAUGGUAACGCUCAACCAAGAAGGAUAUAAGUUUUGUAAAAUAAGGGUACGCUCUGUUAGAAUUCCACAGAUUGGAGACAAAUUUGCUAGUCGACAUGGUCAAAAGGGUACUUGUGGUAUUCAGUAUAGACAGGAGGAUAUGCCUUUCACCUGUGAAGGUAUCACUCCCGAUAUCAUCAUAAAUCCCCAUGCCAUCCCCUCUCGUAUGACCAUUGGUCACUUGAUUGAAUGUCUUCAAGGGAAGGUAUCAGCUAACAAGGGUGAAAUUGGUGAUGCCACUCCAUUCAAUGAUGCUGUUAAUGUGCAGAAGAUUUCUAAUCUUUUAUCUGAUUAUGGCUACCAUCUCAGAGGAAAUGAGGUCUUAUACAAUGGAUUCACUGGUCGAAAAAUCACAUCACAGAUUUUUAUUGGCCCCACUUAUUACCAGCGUUUGAAGCAUAUGGUGGAUGAUAAGAUUCAUUCUCGUGCUCGGGGACCUAUUCAGAUUCUUAAUAGACAGCCAAUGGAGGGUAGAUCUCGUGAUGGUGGCUUGCGUUUUGGAGAAAUGGAACGAGACUGUCAGAUUGCCCAUGGAGCAGCCCAGUUUUUAAGGGAAAGAUUGUUUGAGGCAUCAGAUCCGUAUCAGGUUCAUGUUUGCAAUCUUUGUGGAAUAAUGGCAAUUGCUAACACCAGAACCCAUACAUAUGAAUGCAGGGGCUGCCGAAAUAAAACCCAGAUCUCUUUGGUUCGAAUGCCUUAUGCGUGCAAACUGCUGUUUCAGGAGCUCAUGUCGAUGAGCAUUGCACCUCGAAUGAUGAGUGUUUAG